CCAAUCCAGCUUCUAAUGUCCAUACUGCUUAUGGAGGAAAUCGAGGUGACGGAAAAAGAUGUCCAAGAGGCUAAAGAGUCUCUGGACCCAAAAGUUCGCGAACUUUUGGCAAAGUUGGUGGAACGACUGCUGACGGAAAGACCUGACAACGCAUACGACAUUCUGGAGCUGAUGGUCGCGUCCAUCAAAAACGAGGACGAAUAUCAUAAUACGGAGCCUGACAACUUUGAGACUCCUAAUUCCAAUCUGCUCAGAAGUCUUUUCCAUCCGGAAAAAGCUGAGGAGAGGGACUUGAAUGAUGUUUGGAUGGACAAAGCGGUGAAUGCAACGCCCUGGACUGACUGCAACGAGCAGCUUAGUCUGCUGAAGAGAUUUGCGGGUGUUUGCAUUCCGGACGAAACGAUUUUCCUCCUGAGACUGUCCAUGCGACAACUGCAGCAGCAAUUUCCCAACAUCUACCGGCUCAGGUUCUGGGGCUGCUUUUGCUUCAAAUGGUUUGUGUUGGAGGCAGAAUUGACUCCCCAAGGGUACGCUGCGAGGGACGAGGAAAUAAAAGCUGCAGAAAAAGCUGCCGAAGAAAAGGCUCGAACUGAUUGGGAGGAGAAAAAGAGGGAGGCAGAACAAAAAGGGGAACCUUUGCCGAAUCCUCUUGAACCCUCAGAACCAGAAAUACCCCGAGAACAGUCUGGAACUGGAGUAAACUCUCUUGUAUACCUUGUGAGUGAGUCUCCUGGCCACCCUGAGAGCUGGACCUGGCUGCCUGACUUGAAACCUAGAGACAUCAUUCUCUCUCGCCAGAUCCUCCAAAUUCCUGAGGACAUCGUUGGCGAUGUUCCAACCUCCGAACUCAGCAAAGAGACCUUGCUUAGAGUUCAAAUCGCAAGGAUCAACUCUUCGACCAGGGUGGCCCCGCUGGGCAUGUUCAAGAUGAAAAAGAAAUUGGCCCCUGGCGAGGAGGAGGAAGAAGACGAGGAUGACGAUGAAGAGGAGGACGAUGAAGAGGAGGACGAAGAUGAUGACGACGAGGAGGAGGAAGGCGAAGUCAAAGAGGCUCGUUUGAAUGCCAAAUUCUCCUCUCCCCCCAUGCAGCAGCUUAUGGACCAGAACAAGUGGGUCCACAUCACCCCUUUCAUUCUCCAAGGUCAGGCCAGGGUUAAGUGGUGGAAUCCAAACCCUGAUGCUGAGGAAGAAGAAGAAGAGGAUGAGGAUGAUGAGGACGGCCCCAAAAAGCCUGGCCCUGAAAAAGGUCCGAAGCCUCUCAGUCCCAUCGGACUUGACAAAGCUAGCCCUGAAUUGGUGGAGGGAUUCCCUACAUGUUGGGCUCUGAGGAAGGUUUCAGUUUUGGGUCCUCCUGCGGUUGUGGCUCGUUCCUUGAUUUGGCCAGGCUCCAUCUCAAUUUUUGCAUCAGGCCGGCUGGAGCAUAUUUACAUUGGCUGGGGAAUUAAAGCAAGCAGUCGCCAUUUCUGUCCGAAACUGGUGCCUGAGUUGAUGCCUGAACCAGAGGAACCGAUCCUGGCUGCAGACCCGACAGUCCAAGAGGAGAAGGCGGCUGAAGCCGAAAAUGAAGAAAAUGCAGAUGAUGAUGAUGACGAAUAAUUAUUUUAAAUUUGGACCGCGUUAAUGAAUUUAAAUCUCUUUAGACUAAAAUU